AUGGCGUACGUACCCGGCCUCACGCUUCCCGCCUCUGUCUUCGAGAACGCCCCGGUCUCAAUCCUCCUUCCACUGGGGCUCGGCCUGGGGGCUGGCCUUGUGUCUCAACCGGGGAAAGCGAAACCCAAAAAGUUCUCGGAUUCGGCGGCCAAAGAGCGAGGGAAGUUCAGGAGCACGCGGGAACAAUAUGUUGCACUCAAGCAGCCGCCGUUCAGACCACCUCCCUGGGUCUUUGCGCCAGCUUGGACUACUUUGUACUUGACCAUGGGCUAUGCUGCCCACCGGGCAUGGACGAUCGGCAUGGCCAGCCUCAGCCCAGCGGUUGUGGAACAUGCAAGAAGAGGCGCCACUUUGUACACCUUGCAGCUGGGCCUGAAUAUCAUUUGGAUGCCUUUGUUCUUUGGCCUGGGCAGGCCCAUCGAGGCCAUGCUAGACAUUACCGCCCUUACGGGAACAGUGGGCUAUCUGACUUAUGUCUGGAGCAAGGUUGAUAAGACGGCCGCCUAUCUCAUGGCUCCAUAUCUGGCUUGGUUGGGCUUUGCGACAUAUCUGACUGCGGGAACUGGUUAUCUGAACGGUUGGACCAUUAAGUCUCCGGAACAAACUGCAGAUGAGAGUGAGGGAAAGAGUGAAUAA